GUGACAUUAAAAUGUCAGUCAGUCAAACAAAAGCAUUGGCAACAUUGAAAUGAGCUGUCAAGACGUUUUAGCUUUGAGAGAAUGUAGAAACAAUUGAUUUUACACGUUUUAUAUAGUUGUUUUUCUGAAAUUAUUUACUUUGUUUAUGAAGAUAAAAUAUCUAGCCGUUUAACUGUCACAUAAUGGCAGCCACGGCUCAAAGCGAUUUAUCGAUCGCCGAGCUGAAGGCUGAGAUCGAGAGGCUUGGCCGCGAGCUCGAUCAAGCCAGCAGCGAGAAGAUCCAGUCGGCACAAUUGGGUUUAGUACUGCUGGAAGAAAAGAGCUCCCUGCAGCAACGAUGCGACGAAUUGGAGAGUCUUUACGAGAACACAAAACACGAGCUGGAAAUCACACAAGAGGCUCUUAUGAAAUUAGAUACAACACAGAAAGUAACGACCCGGAGUGGAAUAGAGCAAGAAAAUGCUCUCCUCAACGAGUCCGCUGCUAUGGAGAGCUCACUCACUCUUCAGAUCUUGGAGCUGGAGAGUGAAUCUAAACAGUUACGUCAUGAGUUGGAUCGCGUUGUAAGUGAGAGGGAUCGCUUGCUGGCCGAGAGUUCGGAGUUAGGGCAGGACAAGGCGACGCGGGAAUCUGAGCGAGCUGCCCUAAGGGCCGAGCUGAGGGAAGCCAGGCAACGGGAACAGAGGCUGCUGGUCGACAUCGGAGACUUGGAAGACGAGAAUAUAUCGCUACAGAAACAAGUUUCAGCGUUACGAUCAUCACAGGUUGAAUUUGAAGGGCUUAAACAUGAAGUCAGACAGUUACGUGAAGAGGCUGAGAAUGCGCGAGCUAUGGCUGAGGAGACGGCAGCGCUGCGCCGCAUCGCUGAGCGACAGCUGGCUGAAGCGCUUGAAGCGCUACAGGCGGAAAGAGAAGCGAAGUUCGCUGCAAAGAAGGAGCUCGAUGCUCACCUCAGCAGGGAAGCUGCAUACAAUAUCACCAACUUGGCUUACAGUAUACGAGGUAUGCCAGAAGAUGGUACAGAGGACGAAGGUGAACCCGGUGGUUCAUCAUCAGCCGAGCUUGCCACCGCUAUGGGAGACCACCACGCCGACCUCUUCUCCGAAGUACACUUACACGAAAUAUCACGACUUGAGAAGCAACUCGAACAAGCACACAACGAAAAUAGCCAGCUUCAGUCGUCGAUGCGCGCGGCGCAGGUGACGGCGGAGACAGAGAGCGCGGCGGCCGCGUUACUGCGCGCCGGACUCACGCGCGCCGCCUCGCGCGUCUCCGCGCUACAUGCGCUACAUGCAGACUGCGCGCCCAUCGAAGACGAGAAGGUGGACUCUGGUGGUGUAUCAGCCCGUGCAGCGAAGUGGCUGACAUGGUGGCGCGUGUCUGGCGGCGAGCUGUCGGGUCUGGCGGCCCUGCUCAGCGAGCUGGGCAGCGGCGCGGCCGGCGCCGACGGGUCCGCCGCCGCCCUGCAGCGCGCCGCGCUCGCCCAGCUCGCCGACCGCGUCGCCGAGGCUGAGGUACGCUGCGCCGCGCUGCAGGCCGACGCAGACUUACUGCGGACACUCGCCGGAGGAGCGGGCAGGGCACUAUCGACAGCGGGCCCAGCGCUACUGUCGGCGGCAGAAACCCUGGCACAGAUCUACCACCACGUGUGCGCCGUCAACGGCACCCAGCCCGAGCGGGUACUGCUGGAGCACGCCGGGCAGUCGGACGCGGGCGCCGGGGAGGGCCGCGGGGCGGAGGCCGAGGCCCUCGCCCUGGCCGCCGGCGAGCUGGAGGGGCUGCGGGCCGCCGCGGGCGUGGCGCGCUCCGCCGACACCCUGCUGGACCAGCUCACGCAUCUACGGACUGCGCUCGACACCGCACUCGACUCCCGGAACAGGCACCAGCCCGUUAUGGACUCAGAGGAGCGUGGCGCAGAGGUAGUAGAGCUACAAGAGCAAGUGAUAAAACUGAAGUCGUUACUGUCGACGAAGCGGGAACAGAUCGCGACGUUGCGUACCGUCCUCAAGUCCAACAAGAACACGGCCGAGGUGGCCCUCGCCAACCUCAAGUCGAAAUACGAGACGGAAAAGAUCAUCGUCACGGAGACCAUGCUCAAACUGAGGAACGAGCUCCGUCUACUCAAGGAAGAUGCUGCUACCUUCUCCAGUCUGCGCGCGAUGUUCGCGGCGCGGUGCGAGGAGUACGUGACGCAGGUCGACGAACUCACGCAGGCGCUGGCCGGCGCCGAGGACGAGAAGAAGACGCUCAACCAACUACUGCGACUCGCCGUACAACAGAAACUUGCGCUCACGCAGCGCCUGGAGGAACUCGAGGUGGACCGCGAGAUGCGCACGCGGCGAGUACCGAAGGCGGGGGGCGGAGGCCGAGCGCGGGGCCGCGACUUCUAGCGACUGGUGGCCGCGCUGAAGGCCGCGGCCGCAGCCCUGCGGGGGCUGCUGGCCGCCCCGCCGCGCGUCUGACACGGCUAGUGACACUAGUGACAUGCUGACACUCCCGGACUCAUUGUUUAUACGUUUUAUAAAAUUUUAAAGUAAUUAGUGCGGCGCGGGACCCUAGGGCCGGGCCGCGGGGGCGGGGCGCGGGCCCCGGACUUGCUGUGAACCGUCAAACUGUGCAGUCGGGCGCCGCCCCCCCGGCCCUACAUACAAUUAAUGGGAUUAAGGUCCCGCGCCGGGUGAACGGUUGAUGUUGUAAUAUUAAAGUUGACUGAUUUUUACUGUGAGGCAGUAGUGCCGGAGCCCCGUGGCCUGACGUAGCUUGACGUAGUUCCACGUGUCGAUGUUACGUCUCCUUCACUUCACCCGCGCGCCACCGAUCCAGAGUUGAUAUCGAAUUUUCCCAAUAUAUCAUCUAUCUAUUGCACUUCGUCAAAUUGAUGUUUAUCGAGUAUUUUUGUAAUAGGAUCAGUGUAUUUUAUUACGCAUAUGAAUUUAUCACCGUUGUUACGAUAUCGCAGUGAACCCCGCGAGCCAGACCCCGCCCCGCGCCCCGUCUGCCGACCAGCGCGGGGUCUGGCGUGCGCUCUACUGACGGAAGCUUUUUUUAUACGUGUGUGAUUAGACGGAGAUUUCGAUGAAACAGUGCGAUGUUAUUUUUUAUGAUAUACAUUAUAUUUAUUGUUCGAAUCUUAUUAUAUUCAUAGAAUCCUCUACUCGAUACGAAUGUUUAGUACGUCCAAAUAAAAUUUCUAAAGAAAAUAAAAAAGAUAUUCGUCGACGUCCAUCCAUUGUGUGCGCAAAAGACUAUGUAAUCUGUUCUGUAGUAGAUACGUUUGUUGUGUUGUUGUGGCCCUCUGCCGAAUACUUUCGUCCAUCUUGUUCUAGUUGUACUCGUAGUGUUUCAGUAUUUUUUGUUAGUGACGUUUAGAUUGUAGUGGCGGGGAGUCGUCCGACCCCCCCACCGUUGAGUUACUCUGCCGUCCCGUGGCCUCGCCACUCGCGUCCAUUUCUUGUCCAACAGCUGGUCGCGCCCCUCUGAAGUAUCGCGCGCAGUACCACGAACUUACAAGCUCCACAUUCGUUGUAACAUGAAAUUGAAUCAGUUUACGUCCUUGUUGCUCAAACACUUGCUCACGGGCGUCGACCAGCGACUCUAUUGAUAAGACAAAAUUUACAAAAAAUUAAAAAAGAUUUUAUUAAGUGUUACGUAUUUAUUGUUUACGUUAUCGGAUGUGAUAUUGGCAGCUUCCCGCGACCGCGCGGUGACAUAGUCGUUGACCCUUCCUAGCGUCUCGGUGACCUUAGGCUAGUUGGACCGUUCCAUGUAGUGUGGGCACUCGCCCGGUAGGUAUUUUUACUGGUUUAGGAUAGAGCUAGAUACAUUAACCUUCAAGUAUACUUAGUAGGUAAUCUAGCGAGUCUCUUCUCGUGUAGUGGAAUUACUUUGCAAUAUUAACUGUCGUAGCGUAAUUAGUUGCAUAGCUCAAUGGCGAGCCGGGCUGAGAGCCGCGGCGCGCCGCAGGACCAUCGCCUUGCAUUUAUUGUUUAUAGAUAUAAUAAUAUAUUGACUAGCUUCCAUUAGAGCAUUCUUCAUGUACUUAAACGAUGGACUUACCAAUUGUUAGCUUUACUAUGUAUUUGUUUGUAAGUAUUAUUUCGUUCGUAGCCUAGCAGCAGACAUCGUUUAUGUAUUGUAUGUAUACAUCUAGUCACCGACACCCGCGCUCCGAACUCUGCUCGGUCUGCGUCGACAUAAUCAUAUUUUUAUACGCUAUUUGUUAUACGACCUCUAUAUUAUUCAUUCGUCUAUAUUUUACGACAGCGUUGAGUUUGCCUCAUCAUGCCCUUGACAUGUUUUUGAAAUCGUUUAUUUGAUUUAGAUAGUAUUGUUGAUUGUUAAUCAGACUAUAUGCUUGGCGGCGGAAAUGUUUCGCCGCUACAUAUUAUGGAGUAUUAGUGCAAUGAAUAUUUGGUUGUUUCAUAGACAUAUAUAUGUUGCAGUGUAUUAGUAUAGCAGUAUUUGUUUAUUGAGGGCAUCGCUCGAUGUCUGCUGCCACUUGCCGGUGGUGGUGAUCACAGCGAUUAACCAAAAAUAAUAUUUUCUUUAUACAUUAUAACAUUUAGAUAAUUAUUUUGCCUAGGCAUAGAUAUUACGUUAUACUAUAUAGAUUAACUAUUGAUUAUGAGUUAUAUUAUUUAAAGAUGAACUUUUGUUAUAAAUGCCCGCUACUUUAUUAUUGUAUUGGAUUGCGACAUGAUUUAGGUGUUGGACAACCUCGAGGCAUGAAUGUUCCCACUUCCGUGGUCUCAUUUUGAUCUGUAGCUGAGUAAAACGUCAAUUAUACUGAAGCUGGGUGCGGCUGCGAGCUUAUAUUAUCAUUAAACGCGUCGUGUGGAAUCAAUGUUCUAAUGUAAUGUGACUUGUGUAACAAUGUGCUUGCCCCCGGGCCCACGCUUUCAUCCUCAAUGCACAGUUUGAUGGUUCACUCUGGAUGCAGAAUACUCAUUGCUUUACUUUCAGACGGCCACUAUUUCUUUGCUAGUGUAAUCGAACCAGAUUACAAGUCUUUUAGAAUCUCUUUCCAAUGAGCUUGUUACAUAAUUAUACCGCGGUGUAUGUAUUCACCGACAGACGCAAUGAACCAGUGCCGGGAACAUAUCAUGACAGAGCGGAUUUAUUUUCACGUGUAAGGCACACCGUGUUGUCACAAUGACUGAUUUGAAUCAUGUAUGAGAAUAAUAAAUUAUAUAUUUAAAACAUA